CUUGUCCUGUUUUUUCACUUAUCUUUCUUGAUUUCCCAAUAUUUUGCAUUUUGCAUUUUUACAGUUGUUUUUUCUUUUUUUGUACUACUACAUUUCAUUUGACUCGUUCAAAUUCAUCCUACAAGCUUUAUUAUUAUCGAAAUGAUUUUCGGUGCCCUUGGACUUUUGGCCAUGGGCUUUUGGAAACCACUGCGGGAGGGUGGCAACUAUUACUACACUUCUCGUAACCGAGCGGGCAUGUUUACCAGUUGCGGCAUUAUUGGCGUGGGCUUUGCAGUAGUUAUGACCUCGACGGUAUUUGCCGGUAUACGGCGCGCCACCGGGAUAACGUUCCGGCGCAACAUGCCAUGGCCGCCAAUCGACGUGAAGACCAGUGAGAAGUUAUUAAACUGGUACGACUCGCGCAUUGAGCAACUAAGCGAGAGAGCCGAAGAGCGUAUCAGAAUCACAAUAGAAAGGUACGGUGCGGAUAUCGAGGACCCGGCCAUAAGAGAGGUCUGGGAGCAGCAAAUACGCAAGGAUGUGAUGGAUAAAGUGGAGCGGAUCCGCGAGCGCCGCAGCUGCUGUGCUGAGCUCGUGCAGCAGGCCAAGAAGAGACAGGCCAGUCCUGAUUCUAAGAGCAGCCGCCGUCAUUACCCGUUUCUUGCCGUCUACCUGUAUAUUGGCGAAAAGGCAUUUGACUUUAUAGUCUGCUGGAUGCGCUAUAACCCUCAUUUUAUCUACGAGGGCACCGAUACUGCCGGUAUUCUCGGCUCUGUCAGCAUGGAGGACCUGUUGCGCGACGGCUGCCACACGCAGUCGCAGGGCCAGGGCACCCAGAUCCACACUACGUGCAGCACCCCUGCCUGCACGGGGUCGUAUAACGCUGUGGACGUGGCCAAUUCUGGCAGGAGUUGCGGAGCAAGUGGCAGCAAUAACAGCAGCAGCCUCAGAAUUAAUGACCGUGGGCAGUCAUCGUCCCAGUGCACACUGAUUCCCUACAUUGCCACUUGCUCCCAGUCUGGUGAUACCGAGCUAUUGCCAGAGCCCAGUGCCCCUUCUCUUUCAGAAAGCGAAUUCCUCGGGAUGUCUGCACCUCCUGCGCAAGCAAAGUCUCUCUCGGAGUUGCACUCGUCACAAUCCAUUGAGGCCGGCCCCUCGUCGCGCGGCCAAACCCAGCCAUUGACGCAAGCGAUGGCGCCCCCGCCAUAUACGCUCAUGGAAGACUACGUGGACCAUUUCUGUGAGGAAUCCGAGGAGAUGUCAGACUACAAGCACAAAUUGGCCAUUGCAUAAACGCUCUAGUAAUUUUUUAUUUUGUUGUUGAUAACGUUUCUCUUUUUCAUCAUUACAAUGCCCACACAUACAGAAGGGGACAAAACCGUCUCAUUGUUUGAACCAUCGACUUUCGUACUUGGUGUAUCUUUUACCCUGAUGGCUCAAAUAACAUCUCAG